AUGGCUUUGAAUUUUUCUAUAAAUAGUUGUGGGAGGCUGUUGUUUGAGCGUGCGACACAGGUGUUUCCUCGUUUAGAGAUUGGAGGAGGAAGUGGAGCUUCUAAUGUAAUGAUUCCAAGGACGUUAUUGGAGAUGCUUCAACGAAGGUUCGGAAACGCAAAUAAUGAAGAAGGAUAUCAGUCAGACAAUGGGAUAGUGCUGGCGGUACCUAAGAAAAAGGUGUCUCAUCAGAAGAAGAGACAAAGGCAGUAUGCGCCUGGAAAGAAGCAGCUGCAGAUGAUGCAUCAUUUGAACAAAUGUCCCUCGUGUGGCCAUUAUAAAAGACAGAACACUCUCUGUAUGUAUUGUUUUAACGAGAUUCGUCAUAUCUGGAAGACGUAUACGAACAAGCCCCUAGAGGAGCCGUUGCAAGAGCAGGAAUUAUCGGAUCUAGACAAGCGUUUGUUGUAUCCGGGGAAAAAUGAGACGGAAUACUUGGAGAGGUUGAGAGAUAAGGAUAGUUAUCUAGAAAAACGUGUUAGAACUUUACCUGUAGAGGAGAAGAAGACGAAGGGUGGGAGUGAGUAG